AUGCGGGGGGCUCGGUGGAAGUGGAAGUACCUGGAAAGGCAGCCGGUCUCGAAGGACGCGUUUCGGCAGUACAAUCUGGGCAAAGGGGGCUUCGGAGAGGUGCGCGCCUGCCGGGUGCGGACCACGGGGAGGAUGCACGCCUGCAAGAAGCUGGAGAAGAGGCGGAUCAAGAAGCGGAAAGGGGAGGCCGUGGCGCUGAGCGAGAAGCAGAUCCUGGAGAAGGUCAGCGGGCGGUUCGUGGCGAGCCUGGCGAACGCCUACGAGACGAAGGACGCGCUCUGCCUGGUGCUGAGCGUCGUGAACGGCGGGGACCUGAAGUUCCACAUCUACAGCGUGGGCAGCCCCGGCUUCGAGGAGGAGCGCGUGGUCUUCUGCGCGGCGGCGAUCUGCAGCACCUGCGCCGCGAGGGCAUCGCCGCCCCCUCCCCAGCUCCUGGCGAAGGACCCCAGGCGGCGGCUGGGCUGCGGGGCGGCCGGGGCGAAGCGACACCCCUUCUUCGGGACCGUCGGCUUCGAGCGCCCGGAGGCCGGGAUCACGGAGCCGCGGUGCAUGCGGGACCCCCGGGCCGCGUACUGCGGGGACGUGCUGGACAUCGAGCAGUUCUCCGCGGUGAAAGGCGUCAACCUGGACCGAACCGACAGCGACUUCUACGCCGAGUUCGCCGUGGGCAGCGUCGCCGUCCCCUGGCAGAGCGAGGUGACCGAGACGGAGUGCUUCAAGGACCUCAACACGUUCGGACCCGGCGGGACCCGCUCCCCGGACCUGGACUGGCAGCAGCUGCCCGAACCCCCCCAGCGCAGCCUUCUGCAGAGGCUCUUCCGACGCCGCCCAGCCGACUACACCAUCAGCACCCCGCCGCCGGCCGCCCCGAACUCGCACGCUGCCGUGGCCGGUGCCGCCUGCCCGGCCCGGGCCACGGCACCAGCACCGUCCUGA